CCACAAAGGCAAGUCGUGCUUGUUUAAAAUUAACUUGGAUUUUCUUCAAAAACAUUUAACAAACACUCCUCUUUACGCAAUGGUGAUGGAUGUUGGACAAGAGACUCCAAAAUUAAUUGGGAGUUCACUCAUUUCUCUGACAAGACUGGUCAACCAGAUCAAAUCAGAUGUGGAGGAGCAUGGCAUUGGCACCCCCUCUGCCUAUGGCGAAAGAAGGACGCAUGACUUGUGCAAUCUCAUGGGGAUGAAAAUUGGACUGAUUUCUGUAGCCUGCAAACUUGUCAGUUUAGGGGGAAGUUUAAUUCCUCAUAUUUCAGAAAACAAAAUUCACAGUGUUGGAACCACAAUGUCACAGGAGAGUAAUGGAACAGAAAUGGUUAACAUGGCAACAAACGCUGUUUGCUGCAAGACUACUGAGGGUACUGGUGUAAAGCCUAUUGAUCAGGAAGGUUUUUGCCAUGUUGUUCGUCAGAGAGUUAAGAUUGACGGACACCCAAAGGAUAUUGUUGUGUCUGAGGCAGAGGAAACAAGGGUUGCCUCAACAAGUACUCAGACUGAACAAACAAAAAAGCGAAUUAAAAAAAUAGAAAUAGCUCGGAUUGAUUAUGAGGAUGAGCCGAGUCCAACUCUGUUCUGUCCUCCACCCAUGUUCUAUAGUGCCGCAGAGAAAAGUCAAGAGGAGAAAGAGUUUAAAACUUCCAGUGCAGGAAUGGAUUCCCUUAGGGUAGCAGACCUGGACACAGAUGAGGAGUUGUCCGAUUCUGAAAUGCCUCCUUCCAAUGAGCAGAGCGGACCAGCUAUUGUUGAGCAUCCAACAGGAAGUCAGAUACCACCACAGCCAUUGGCACCAUCACAUCUUGGGGAUGCCAUAAGACAGCUGCCUUUGCUGAAUGCCCUUCUUGUGGAACUUUCUCUGUUGAAUGGGCAGAACCAGCAGCAGCAGCAGCCUCUGUCCGUUCAUCCCAGUAUAGCUUGGAUUUAUACAUCAGCACAGGGACCCACAGAUCCUACAGCUCACAGCGCAAAACCAGCAGUGCAAAUGCUGAAAAAUAAUGCAUCACCUCAGCAGAAAGCACAGCUGUUGUCCUCCCUGAGACGGGGGCACAGUGAACGCUGUAAGUCUCUGAUCUCUGUCUCCCCAUCCAGUAAACAAAAAAGGACAAAAGCAAACAAGCAUUCUCCACAUCCAGAAAAGACAAAACCAAAGAGAAAGUUAACAUAUGGCCUGACGCACACAUAUCGGCUUAGACUGCAGAGAUUGAGCGCUGAUCUUCCUAAACCCAGAGAGUGCAUGGAACAUGCCAACUCAAAGCAGUCCAAACCCGCUAAUCAGAAGAACAAGAAUCUUAGCUCCAGCAGCAGUAUGUUAAAGAGAAGCCUCAAUUUCGAGGACAACACGGACACAUUAAUUAGUACCGUUGAUAUGGAUCGCACACAAGAUAGCACUCCACCAAAGUCCUUAGACAAGCCAAACAUUUGUCGUUUAUCCAGUGAGAGCGGUGAUAUUCCCAAUCAUAAAGCUGCAUCAAUUCUCAAGCACACCCUAAAAGAGAAACCAGCACAUUUCAAGCAGGACAAGGAAUUACGUAUCAGAAUUCCUAGUGCAUUGAGCCAGCAUUCUGGCUGCAGUGAUUUGGAACAUAGAGCAAAUGACCCUGGCUUUUCCAGCUCUAGUGAAGAUGACGGUGGUCAGGGGGAAAGUAGAUGGAGUCGUCCUCCAUCAAAGUGUUCUGACUCCUGCAGUGAGAGCCAGGUAGAUUAUCAGGAUGAUUUCACCAGCCUGGACCCCACUGACGGCUACUCACCCGACCUGCUGAGUAGUCCUGAACCCAGGAUGACCAGAGCUCCCAGUGAUCUGUCCAGCUUGAAUGACGAGUCAGUCCGAAAUCCAGGUCUGCCUGUGCCAGUGAAAGCAGCCACGUCUCCCAAACGCUCCCUCAAAGGCACCCAUCUGAUCAGGCAGUCCAUGCGGGCCUCUGGCCUUAGUGUGUCCUCAGACGCUGAUGAUUUGAGGUCAGGUUAUACUCCAUCUGCUCAUUCCAGACACAGCCAAGUAAGUCAAGCGAGAUCUGAAUCUCAGGACAGUGAAAUGGGAGGGAGGGCCUCUGUACCCAGACAUCCCAUAAGGCCCUGGAGCGAGCGAAGCGACCCCACUGAUGAUGUCACACAGUACAGAGGUUACUCAGAGGAUUCAUUUGCGCACCACAGUGACUCUGAUCCUGAGUCACUUUCCUUGCUUGAUCCCAUUGAGGCAGAGGAAGAAAAUGAUCAACUUGGUACACUCGGACUCACACAAAAAUACCAGCAUAUUUCAGAUCUAAUGGUCAACAAGCUUCCUGGCUACACACUAUGAUAGAGAUGUAUUUAAUGGUGUGUAGCUUCAGAUCUAUGUGAUUGUCUUGUUUCUUGUAUUUUUAAUAAAAUCUUACACAA